AUGUUACAAGAACAUGUACUAGAAGAAGAAGAAGAAAAAAGUGAGAGGGUAUGUGCAUGUAAAUUUAAUGGUGGAAUAAGGGCAAUUUGGGGCAAAGAAGCUCACGAGAAUCCAGAGAAAAGUUUUGAGAAUUUCCAAGCUGUGGGAGGAAACGCCGGGAAAGUGCUCGUGUCGCCUCGAAAUGAAGCACUUAGAAAGGCAAAUGAAUUUCUAGGAACCCUUGUUUUCUUCUUACAUACAAAGAAGCUAAUUAAGGAUCAUGGAUUAGUAUCAUCGAAUGCAACAAGAUCAAUUACUAGAUGGGCCCAGUUGAAAGGAGUUUAUUGGGCUACUAGUCCAGGCAAAAGUUUCGAAGACUGGUUCUGGGCUUAUGAAGAUGCAGGCUCUUAG